AUGUGGACCCUUCAGUCCCUUUAUCCUGAACUAGGGAUGAACACUAUCAUGCUUGCUUCAAUGGCCUCUGGCAUUACGACAUCUAUCAUCCUUGAAACAAUCCUCCUGAAACGUGGAGCUGACCAGCUUUCAUGGACUAUGGCUACGCGUACCGCGAUGGGCAUGAGUAUGGUCUCUAUGAUCGCGAUGGAGAUUGCAGAAAAUGCAGUCGACUAUCACUUGACAGGAGGCCUUGUGGCGUUCGAAGACCCUAAAUUCUGGCUUGCUGCGUACAAUCCGAUCAAAGAUAUCCCUGAUCUCUCGGGUACCGGUGGUCUAGGUGCACAUACUGCAUUCGAACUAUCAAAACACAACCCAGCACAAAUCUACAUCAGUGGUCGCAACACCAAAAACGCAGAGAACGUCAUAGAAGAAAUACAAAAGUCCAACAAAUCCACCAAAGUUACAUUCAUAGAAUGUGAUCUAUCCUCGCUAUCCGCAGUGCAAAAAGCAGCAGAGAGCUUUCUUGCACAAACACCACCACCACGCCUAGACACCCUCAUCUGCAACGCAGGGAUUAUGAACAGACCUCUAGAAACAUCGAAAGAGGGGUACGAAAUUCAAUUCGCCACUAAUCACCUCGGCCACGCCCUCCUAAUCCGGAAACUCCUCCCACUCCUCGAAAAGACCGCAAGCGAGGGCAAAGACGGACGCAUCGUGAUUCUUUCAUCUUUAGCCUGGCAAAUGUCUCCAAUUGGUGGUAUACAAUUCGAUCGUCUUAAGAGUUCCCAGAAUUUCCCAAUUGGUGGACCGUGGCAGCGAUAUGGACAAACCAAGCUGGCUAAUCUGCUGUAUGCGCGUGAAUUGGCGAAACGGUAUCCGCAUUUAACAUGCGUUUCCGUUUAUCCGGGAAUCGUGACUACGAGUUUAUUUAAUUAUAUGACAUUCGGAAAUAAGGUUCUUCUUUACUCGUUUUUCUGGUGGUUUAUGGUACGGCCUGAGAAGGGCGUUCAUAAUCAGCUUUGGGCGGCUACGAGACCAAAAGAGGAGCUUCGGAAUGGGAGUUUCCAUAACCCUGUUGGGAAGUUUGGAGACUCUGGAUUGAUGAGAGGGGCAAAGGAUUCUAAGGGUAUUCUUGCGAAGAGAUUGUGGGAAUGGACGGAGGAUGCUUUGAAGGGGUAUUGA